GGAAAGUGAGUGCCGUGCGUGCUUGCGAGUUGAGCGGUUGCGCGCGCGCAAGUCACCGGCUGCGCGUGUGAGACGCUGCUGCACCUCCCGCUCCUCGCCGCCGUCCCAGCAAGACUCCCACGUGCCCCCCACCCACCCCGCAACAUACCCCCCUCACACACACACUCCUCCGUCGUCCAGAUUGUCCGAGCAGUUCCUCUGCGGAGUGGCGAAUUGCUCGCUUCACCCGGCGACCGACCGACCGACCGACCGCGAGCGCGAGAAGGCAGGGGGGCCAUGAAGACGUCGGUGUGGAUACUGGUUGCGGUGGUGACAGUCCUCUCCUGCUGCACCAGCACUCCAGUCCCAAUGCUGAGUGAUUUGGAGAUGAGCGGCGAUGGGGAUGAUGAUAUCGGCUCGGCCGAUUUUGAUGGACCUGUGGUUGGGCCGCGCGUUCUGCCCGUGGUGGGACUAAAGGAAACCGGCACGGGAGAGGCGACCCCUCCAAAAAAGCCCCGCGAAGGAGCGAAGAAAAGUGACGGGGACAAGAAAGGUGAGGGCACGGGCAAAGGUGGCGGCAAGGGUGGCGGCAAGGGUGGCGGCAAGGGUGGCAAGAAGGGGGGCAAGGGAGGGAAGAAGGGGAGGAAUAAGUGCCCCAAGUCGAUGCGCAACUACUGCAUGAACGGGAAGUGCAAGUACAUCGAGCCAAUCAAGAAAGCGAGCUGCGUGUGCGAGAAGGACUACGAGGGCGAGCGGUGCGAGAAGAGGAUUCUGAACGUGUCCACGCUGCAGGCGCCCCGCGUGCCCGACUCCAUGGUCCUGGCCGUGGCGGCGCUUGCCACCGCCUCCGUGAGCCUCAUCGCCACGCUGGUGCUCAUCGCCACCAUACGGUGCCGACGGAAAAAGACUUCCACCUACGACGUGGGGACGGAGAAGGAGAAGCUGAAACUUCGUCCGGAGGAAACGUCGUCUCAUGCAUGAACCCCCUCUCCACCCUGAAGACCACAAACUCUAGUCUUAUCGGCACAGCAACAACAGCAACAACAACAACAUUCACUUUUCAACGUCACCAUUCUACUUUGGCAACAAUGUGUUUGUGAGGGUUUGCGAUGGGCGGGAUACGUUUUCCAGGGUGGAGAAGGGCAGGUGACAGAGACGGGCAUUGGAGUGGCACCCACAUGUUGGUGACCUAGAUGAAGAUCUAAGACCGUGAUGGUGGAGGUGGAGGUGGUGGUGGUGAUAAGAUCACGACUACAGUUCUUGAAGAACGUGUGACCUGUGAAACAAGGGGAAGACCUAAAACCAAACAGAUGGUGGCGAUGAUUUGAUGCGAGUCGGUCGUUGAAUGUCGCGUGUUGAUCGCGCAGCAUCUGCUAAGCCGGGUCCACAUCUGAGCAAAUCAGUUGCGUGCAACCGGGUUGCCUGCAACCGAAUUGCUUACGUGCGGACGUUUCUGCGACCAGUUGUACAACCCCCCCCCCCCCCCGUUGCUCACGGCAGAUUAUAGACAAGAAUCUCGAGCAGCGAUCUGCUCCGCGAUUUGUAGCGAUGCGUUUCGUCACGUGACGCACUUGCGAAUGUGUAACAAUUGGCCGUUACAAUCCCCAAUCAGCCGUUCGAUUUCCCCCUCGCUCAACUGCUCGCUCAGGUGCGGACAAAGCAGUCGGGAGGCGAUCGAUUGAGCUUGCGCGAGCGAUUUCGAGAGCUUUCUUGCUUGCGCAACCAACUCGGUCAGGCGGCGGAUGUAGCUUUAGAGCAAAUCGAUUUUUUGAUGGUUUCACGAUUUUGUGAAGCCUUAUAACCCCUCUGAGUGUGGCGCUAGAAAGUACAAAUUAGGCAGUAUUUUUGUGUCGUUUCGUGGAACAGUGUUGAUGGUGACUAUAUCGGUAAAUUAUUGUUCACGCUUCUAUAAACAUACGUCGUAUAAUAUUAUCGUACUAUAUGAGAAAAAAAAAAGUUUUGCUGGCUGGCGCAUGUCUGCACGAUGGCAUCGUUAAGCCGUGUCCGCGGGUAGCGCUGAUGUCUCGCCCCCCCCCCCCCCCCGGACAAUCCAUCCGUCCCAGCCACCCUCCACCCCAUUCGUGAACCCAGGCAUGUGUGUGGGUAUUGCUAGUUAUAAUCAUAAAAAAUAACCCCCUCCCAUUCAAGUUUGCAGGAAUGCCACCCAAAAAAAACGCCCGUUAAUAGAGGAUAAAACGCAAUGUGCAUCUAAACGUAUUUAUGACUUGUGCUUUUUUGUUCCAAAUUGAUAUCUCAGUUUGUCCCAGCUAGUCCCCGGCGCUUCUCUUGCUCAGCGAAAACGAUCUGACGGAGUGGAUUCUCUCCCCAAAUGUACAGCGUUUUAGAUGUACAUACAUAGCCACACGUGAGCACACACACACACCUUCAUUUGCCAAAGAUCGACAGCGUACACAUCUGUUUGCGGGUCGUUGAAAUGAAGCUGAGUCUCGCGGUUUAAAAUGAUUAUGGCCAACGUUGAGUUAUACAGGAUGCCUUAUUGUGUUAUCGGCACUGCGAGUUUAUUAUCGAUGUACACGCUGUGUUGUGUAACACUAUUCUUGCUGUAGAAGCUGGAUAGAAGUACACCGCUUAGAGUAAUAAGACCAACUGUGCUUUUAUUUUUUUAAAUCUAAAGUCUGCUUCCAUCUGAAGAUGCCGUUUCUCAUGGGUCUUCCUUAAUACGGUCAAAUGUGUAACGUCGUGAGCCAUUCCAUGGCAUCCUGAAGGUAUCGCCAGUGCAAUGUGAGCGAGCUGUGUUCACAUCAGGCGCGCUAAACUCCUGGCUUCAACUGCGGUCGUACAUUCACAGACCAUCCUCCCCCGCACCCCCAGCUUGUUAGUCCACUAUUGUUGGGGGGGGGGGGGUGCGAAGAAGGAGGCCUCGACUAGAGUGUUGUUUGACCAUACUUCGCCACAUUUUUUGUGGGCCAGUAAAUUAGUCCGGUGAACUCGGUUGGGCUCAUCGAAAUUCGUUUCGCGGUCCAACGUGAUCACUGUCGCCACGCCGUUUCGCAGUUGGCAUUACCCCCCCCCCCCAUCACCAAUCCCCCUCUCUUUCUGUUUCUCGUUACGCUCCAAGAUGAUUGCUUUUGUUGCAAGGUCACGGUCGGGUGGAAAUCGCUCCAGAAAUUCGGGUCAAACUGCUUUGUUUCGUUGUGGCUUGUAAAGAGUUUUCAGGAAAAGUUAAACAGAUCUUCCACCCCCCCCCCCACCACCACCCUACCUAUCGACGCGUUGCCUUGGGCUGUCGCGUAUGGGUCUCAAUUAAUUUUCAGGCAGUAAGUAGCUCAAUGUUGCGUUUGUCUUUAGCUUAUAUAUGAUUGUAAAUAACAGAAACACGUUUGUCAUUUAUUCGGCAGUGAUGUCUAUGCGGGGGUAGGGGGGCAGGGAUCGGUGGGGGGGGGGGCUGUCCAUAUACAAAUUAACUUGAAACCGUGACUUGUUAUUGGGCAGCACUCGGUGGGAGGGGUUUCAAUCAGCCAAUAAGGUGAUGAGGUGUCUUCCACCUCAAUGGGAUGACUCAACAUUCAACAAUUCAUUUAUUUUCAAAGCAAGUGACGUAAAUGAGAAAAACGUGGUUUUUACAUACAUAUAUAAAGUGUUUUUUUAUGUUCGUAAGGUUUUUUUUGUUUUUCUAAUUUAAAAUAACUAUAUUUUUAAAUUAAUGUUGUAAAUUGAGACGAGCCUCCACUGCGCAACGAAUAUUGUCCCGUGGCAUGCCCAGUGACGCGCCACGAACUCACGACUUUCAUUAAUUGACUCGAAACUAAAGUGCAUCCAACUUAACUCCGCCUACUCGUUUAAAAGUCGCUUUCCCCGCUGGUGCACCUAUCUCAAGUUUUAGAUUAUUUAUUAAAGCUUUUAUACAAAUGUGUAUAUAUUCUCUAAACAGAGUUGUCUCGGUUGAUUUUUUGGUUGUUUAAGUUGCACGCGAGUUCAUAAACGGACGCACACGAGGG